UACCUGGCAACGGUGGCUAAACAAAAAAAAAAAAGGCUCGCUGCGUGCGAGCUGAUUUGCCUGGCUGGGUUCAAGAUGAGCGAACCCGGCAGCAGCCCUGAUGAAAGAGGGGUCAACCAAAAUGGAGACCCGGGAGGGAAGCUCUCUGUGUCUGGCAGCACUCACACGCCGGCCGAGAGUCCCGAAACGAGGCUGCUGUCCGCCUUCAAGACAGACGGCCACGCCAGGAAAGUUUACCUGGCGGGGAGAGAGUAUUACAGCGAGGAGGGGAAGACCUUUGAGCUGCGUCUUGUUGGAAAAAUUAAACAGCAGCUGAGCUCUGAUCCCACUCUUCGUCCGGAGUAUCCACCGUCUCUCGGUUUGACAGAAUUCACCCGGCGAGCCACCGAGGCUGCUCUGGGGAGGAGCUCUCACGCUGUAAUGGAGAACCGGGUAUUCGGCGUGCAGACUCCCGGUUUCACGGCUGCCGUGCGUCUUGGAGCUGAACUUUUGAAACACUGCUUUGAUGACAGUGCCACUUGGUGUGGGCCGGUCUACCUCUCUUCCCCCUGUGAUGACUCACUGGCUGGUAUCUUUCAGGCAGCUGGGAUCCAAGAUAUCCGUAAGUAUUAUUACUGGGAUGACAGGCGGCGGGGCGUUUGUUUGGAGAAGCUUCUGCAGGAUUUGGAGAGGGCUCCGGAGCAAAGUGUUGUUCUGUCAGCGUCUGGCCAUUACCCAACCGGAGCGGACCUCUCUCAGCGUCAGUGGUCCGUGAUCACACAGCUCAUCACGCGGCGCAGGCUUUUCCCUUUCCUUCUGCUGCCUGCUCAGGCGCUUUGCUAUGGAGAUUUAGAGCGGGAUGGCUGGCCUGUACAGUACUGUGCAUCCCAGGGGAUGGAGCUCCUCUGUGCUCAGUCCUUCUCCCACUGCUUUGGACUAUAUGGUGAGGCCGUCGGACACCUCCUGUGUGUCUCCAAGCAGAGCUCGCUUCGGUUAUCUGUGCAGUCUCAAGCUGACAAAACAGUCAGAUCGCUGUGGGCCGAGCCGUCUGCACAGGGAGCGCAUGUUGUCGCCACAGUGCUCUGCAACCCGGCCCAUCUGGUCGAAUGGGAGGGAGACGUGAAGCACAUUGUGGAGAGAUGCAUGCUGAUCAGAUUCAUCCUGAAAGAAAGGCUGAGGCUUUUGGGAACUCCAGGGUGCUGGGACCACCUGACGCAGCAGCGUGGACUUUACUGUUGUACGGGCUUGAAUGUCCAAGCCUGUAGCAGCAUAACUAAAGGGAUGGCUCAGGAGUGAUCGAGCUCUAACAAUAAGCUUAAGCCCACUCUUUAAAAAUGUGGAGAGGGUGCCUGCCUCCUGAACCCAAAACCUGGAGCUGGUCCCACGGGGAGGGGAGCUUAAUAGUUGAAGUGUCUGGCUCUCAUUCUACUUUUUGAGACCUCGAUUAACCCUGCAGUCUGGCGGCACAGCGUUCUGUCGGUGGUAAUAGGGCACUAUGAGCUCUUUAAAAGAUAAAGAGCUUCGUA